GUUAAUUCGCCUUGGCUUGCGUGAGAAUCAUUCGUCUGCCUUUCUAUCUCCGACGACGCCACAACGGAAGUGUAUCCCUAUAACAGUUGAAGAUCGGCAACUCGGCUUAGUGCAACCAAUUGUGUCCAGGUGUGAAGAGUUCUAAAUACACUAAUCCCCAGUCACGAUGACAAUUGAUGCUUUCACCGCGUGUCUUGGCUUCUGUAUUUUUACUCUCGUGGUAACGAGGGCAUCUGCUGACUGUGCCGGACUGACUAAACGUUCGAUCGACGACCCCGUCGUAUGCCAUGAAUUUGGUCCCGUGUGUGUUGACAACACGGCCUAUAUGGUGUACACGCGCAAAGCUUCCUGGCUCGACGCUGAGCAGAACUGUUCAAGCCUGGGUGGAACACUCUACGUAAUGAACUCGACUAAAGUCGACAAAAUGGUUCGAAAGUUCAUCAUAAGCGAAUACCUGGAUGACCUGAUAGUUGUCACUGGAUACUGGACAGGUCUAAAUGACAUUGACGAAGAAGGUGUCUACAGGUGGCCAGAUGGAUCUGUGCUGGAGAGUGAAGACUAUUCGAGGUGGGCGCGGAACCAACCGAAUAAUAGAAAAAAUAGUCAAGAUUGUGUACAAAUAUGGAAAGAUGCAGGAUAUAAAUGGGACGAUGCUACCUGUACCAAGAGGAAACCGUACGUAUGUGAAUACCAAAAUUUGGGAGGACCAGAUGGCUGCUCUCUGUACUCUUCGUAGGCUAUAUCGAUGACGUCAUCUGUUCAGUGACAAGGGAGCAUAUACUGCAGCAUUACCUGAACUAUUCCAGUGACGUCAUAACACAUGUGGAAUUAUUCCGCACGUGUCUACGAUAUUACUAAUUGUUAUCGUUUGACGAAUCAGUUGAAUAAAGUGAUAAAA